CGACAUAAUGGCUAAGUAUAGACAAAGAUUGGGGAAAGCUCGCGUCAGGGUCUCUCAUGAGUGUUCAACUGCCACGGAGAGAGCUAACCAAUUCGUAAUCUCAACAACGUCCUGACGAUGUCGACACUCUUUCGCUCUUUCUCCUUCACCAAGUUGCCUCCUUUUCGAUUCCUCUCUUAUAUUUUUUUAUAGUCUCUCUCUCACCUUUCUGCUUCUUGAUCCCGAGAAAGAAGGACACGAAGACGAAGACACUCUUGUUUGUUCCCAUGAUCAUCGUCGAUGUUCUUUGGAAAUUGUUUCCUCUAUACACGUUUGGAUCAGAAACAGAUUCUCUCUCAGAGUCCAUUUUGCAGAUAGUUCCCGAGGAAAUGGCAUCUUCUACCACUAAAAUCCUCUGUGAUGCUGGAGAAUCAGACCUUUGUCGAGACGAUUCAGCUGCAUUCUUUCUUAAAUUUGUAGCCAUUGCUUCGAUUCUACUAGCUGGAGCUGCAGGUGUAGCCAUACCUCUCGUUGGCAGGAACCGUCGGUUUCUUCAAACUGAAGGGAAUCUAUUUGUAGCUGCUAAAGCCUUUGCAGCUGGUGUCAUACUCGCUACUGGCUUUGUACAUAUGCUUGCAGGUGGCACUGAAGCUCUGAGUAAUCCGUGUUUACCUGAUUACCCCUGGUCUAAGUUUCCUUUUCCUGGCUUCUUUGCAAUGAUUGCUGCUUUAGUUACUCUGCUUGUUGAUUUCAUGGGGACACAGUACUAUGAGAGGAAGCAAGAGAGUAGUAGUAGUAGUAAUCAGGCUGUUAGUGAAGUUAGUGUUGUUGAGUCUGGUGGUCGUGAAGAGACAUCUGUUGUUCCCGUUGUGGAAAGAGAUAAUAAAGUGUUUGGUGAAGAAGAUGGUGGUGGGAUUCACAUUGUUGGUAUUCGUGCUCAUGCUGCUCAUCAUAGACAUAGUCACUCUAAUGGCCAUGGUACAUGCGAUGGAGGACAUGCUCAGGGGCAUUCACACGGACAUGGACAUGGUCAUGUGCAUGGGAUUUCAGAUGUUGAAAAUGGAGCUAGGCAUGUUGUUGUUUCUCAGAUAUUGGAGCUUGGCAUUGUGUCGCACUCAAUCAUCAUCGGUUUAUCCCUUGGGGUAUCACAGUCUCCGUGCACGAUCAGGCCUCUCAUUGCAGCUCUAUCAUUUCACCAGUUCUUUGAAGGAUUUGCGCUAGGAGGCUGCAUCUCUCAGGCACAGUUCAGGAACAAAUCAGCGACCAUAAUGGCUUGCUUCUUCGCCUUGACCACACCGGUAGGUAUCGGGAUUGGAACGGCAGUGGCUUCGUCUUUCAACUCGCAUAGUCCAGGAGCUUUGGUCACUGAGGGGAUACUUGACUCGCUUUCGGCUGGAAUACUGGUGUACAUGGCUCUGGUUGACCUCAUCGCAGCUGAUUUUCUAAGCAAAAGGAUGAGUUGUAAUGUGAGGCUUCAAGUUGUGUCUUAUGUAAUGUUGUUCCUUGGAGCUGGACUUAUGUCCGCACUCGCCAUUUGGGCUUGACUCUUUUAUUAGAUUACAACAUAUUAUCUACUGUAGAUUCGAAAAUAAUAAUAUACGCCUUCUGCAAACUUCUUAUUCA